GUCACCAUUGAAUUGAAGGACCACCGACCCACUUUUUCCUCUUUUUACCACCUCCCCCGGGUGAGCUCUCUCUUCUCUUUCUUUUUGUUCUUGGUGUCUCAGCUAAGGCGGGGAGGGAGAUAUCGGGGAAGGAGAAGGGAAUGGAGUUCUACGAGGGGUUCCUCUGGACGGCGAUGGUUUCCAUCUUCCUCGCCUUCCUGAUCGGGAAGCUGGCCGCCCUUGGCGGCACGGAGGGCGAUCUUGGCCGCGACGCUCCGGCGGAGGCGAUCGGCGGUGGUGAGGUCUUCAUCGAGGAGAGGCGGGAUAGUGGUGGUUUGGGUGUAGAAAAGGUCGAUGAUGAUUGCGGAAGGGAAGUGGUUCUUGGAUCGGAGGGAAUGGAGGCUAGUGAGGUGGAAGAAGAAGGGGAGAGAUUGGAAAGAGAGCGAUCGUUGGAGUAUAUCUUGGAGAAGGCCCAGGAGGUAAGAACCCGUGAGUUCCAUCUGGAGAAGGAGAAUAUAGUAGAAGAGACUAUUGCUCAAGAAGAGAUCGAGAAGACUGUUGCUGACUUAGAUAAAGAAGGAGACGGAUUUCCCAAGGAUAAAAUUGGUCUGGAGAAAGUUGUGCAAUUGGAUGAAGGACAUGAGGGGAUGGGAGAAGAGAAGUUGGGGAUCGAGGAGAGGGGGGGAUCGUUACUCUAUGGGGAGGACGAUUGGGAGGGGAUUGAGACGAGCGAGGUGGAGAAGCUUUAUGGUGCGGCGGCAGCGUAUGUUGAUAGUGAGGAUGGUAAGGAAGCGGUGUCGAGGCUGAAUAGUGAUGUACAGAUGCAGUUGUAUGGGCUUCAGAAGGUUGCUACCGAGGGCCCCUGCUAUGAGCGGCAGCCGAUGGCUUUGAAGGUUGCUGCUCGCUCCAAAUGGUCUGCUUGGCAAAGACUGGGGAGUAUGAUUCCAGAGGUGGCUAUGGAACAAUAUGUAAACCUUAUCUCUGAAAAAAUUCCUGGAUGGAGGGGAGAAAAAACCCGAGUAAGUCCCAAGCAAGAUGAGGCCAAACAUGAUGAUGGCAGAGAUUCUGCCAUGGUGGUGGGAUCUGGAAAAGGAACACCUGAUUCAAGCUCAUCUUUGUUUUACCAACCUAGUUCUCUAACUGAAAGAUUAUCAGAAGAUUCUUCUUGCACUCAAGGUGAUCAUGUGGGUGGUCCGAAACCUUUGAAGCAAGGUCUGACGAAGGCAUUCCUUUUCAACCUGCUCUCUCCAACCAGAGUGACAUUCGUGAGUUUCUAUUUAUGAGCUGGGCUAACUCUAUAUCUGAGGAUCCAAAUGGCUUUAAUUGCGACCAUUUUCUCUGAAGACAUGGCUGAAGGCAGAUCAUGUGUUCUCUUAUAUCCUCAGUUUGACAGUUAGUCUCACCUUAAAGCUUGCGUGGUGUGUAAGACUGUAUAUAUGUACAUAGUUCAUGUUCGCAAAGGUACGGAUAUUACAAGUUAUAUGUAUGCUUGGUGCUGUUGUUUUAUCAGUAAUAUAUUCCUGAUGAUUUCCGCAUGUUACCAAAAGUCAUCUUGAUAAAUUGAAGCGCUGUCCUGUUCAAAUUUCA